GGAUCUGAGAGAAAAUCCAAGAUCACAGCCUCACGCAAGCUCUUGUUGAAGAGUUUGAUGCUGGCAAAAGCAAAGGAGGAGUGGGAUCAGGAGAUCGUGGACAAGCAGGCAGAGAAGGAGAGGUACCUGUCUGAGCGCAUCACACCACUGCGCACCAGCGGGCUCUCCUUGAGCCAGCUCCAGGACCUGUGCAGGGAGCUGCACGAGAAGGUUGAAAUUGUGGAUGAAGAGAGAUAUGACAUCGAAGCGAAAUGCAACCAUAACACCCGGGAGAUUAAAGACCUGAAAAUCAAAGUGCUCGAUCUCCGAGGGAAGUUCAAGCGACCCCCCCUGCGGCGGGGCCGUGUCUCCGCCGAUGCCAUGCUGAGGGCUCUGCUGGGCUCCAAGCACAAGGUGUCCAUGGAUCUGAGAGCCAACCUGAAGUCUGUCAAGAAGGAGGACACGGAGAAGGAGCGCCCUGUGGAAGUGGGUGACUGGCGCAAGAACGUGGAGGCCAUGUCAGGGAUGGAGGGACGGAAGAAGAUGUUCGAUGCUGCCAAGUCCCCCACGGGCCAGUGA